GCGAAGCGGGUGUUAUUGUGUUUUCCAAUGUCUAUUUAAAUGAACUUCUAAUUCGAUUUUUAGUGAUUACAUUCUAGAAUUAUAAGUAAUUUAAAAGAUUAGUGUUCAUAACUUAUUUUUAAUUUUGAACCACAACACCUGAGAACUCACCACCGUAUGUUCAGUUCAUCGUUCUCAACCUUCGCCAACUUCACGUUUGUUUAGGUCGUGCAUCCUCCAUUCAAACUUUUGUAUCGGUCAUUUCUCCCGGUGUAGUUUGCGCGCGUUUUCCAUUUCGUGCGUGUCAACUUUCAAUUCCAUUUUUGUCACAGAAAAUCUCCAUCAAGUUUAUCGAAAAUGGAACCUACUGAUUCUGUAGUAACGUGUGCAGUGAAUAUCGAAUGGCAAACCGCCACAGGAACAACCGGGCGCAAACUAACUUAUAAGAUUGCCACCCUCCGUCUCAUCCGCAAUGAUGUACGGGAAAUGUAUGUCGAGGUUUCCCCGGACAAAGCAAAGCCUACGAAACUGAAGCUAAAGGACGUCACAGUGCAUAAGAAAUUUAUGACUGAGGGAAAGGCCAGCAUAAAGUUCAAUGCGGAUCGCUGCAUUCUGUUCCUGUCGAACGCGCCGCCAGGACCUUUGGUUGCGUUUCUCCGAACUCUAGUUAUCAAAUUGGGUGGACACGCUGGCGAGAGCGAGGCUCAAGUACAGAAGAAUCUCAGGGCGCAUCUCUUGUCCGGGAAGCCAACUACUUUCGAGGAUGUCAGCCCUGUGACUACGGCCGAAAUGAUUAUGGCACGGAAGGCAGCGGGACUCGUGAAGAAGGCAACGAUGACAACGCCUUCGCCACCGCACGCUAAAAAGAGAAAGUUUGAAGAACUGAAGUCCGACGGGAAACUUCCUCUACCGAAGAAAUUGUAUACACCAUCCCCCCUCAUAGAGGAGGACAUAAAAUUGAACGGGGAACAAAACGAAGUGCUGCAGGCGUGCUUGAGUGGGAAGAAUAUUUUCUUCACGGGAUCAGCUGGAACGGGCAAAAGUCUUUUGCUGAAAAAGAUCAUUUCAACGCUGCCGCCCGAUGGAACUGUUGCGACAGCUUCUACGGGUGUGGCUGCUUGUCUUAUUGGUGGAACUACGUUGCAUAAUUUUGCUGGAAUUGGAGGAGGAGAUGCGAGCCUGGCGCGGUGCAUUGAAUUGGCUUCAAGGUCGAGUUCAGCUCAAAUUUGGCGAAAAUGCAAGCGACUGAUCAUUGAUGAGAUUUCCAUGAUUGAUUCUAAAUUUUUCGAUAAAAUCGAGGCGGUCGCUCGCAAUAUUCGCCGGAACGACAAACCAUUCGGCGGCAUUCAGCUGAUCCUCUGCGGCGAUUUCUUCCAACUUCCACCAGUCAUAAAACGCGAAGACUUCGGUCCGAACGGGACACCACCGGAGAAGCGCUUCUGCUUCCAAGCCGAAGCCUGGGAAAAGUGCAUUCAAAUGGUCUACGAACUGAAGCAAGUUCAUCGGCAAACCGACGCGCAAUUCGUGAAAAUUCUUAACCACAUUCGCAUAGGUCACAUCACCGACGAAAUAGUUGAUCGCUUGCUCGCCACGUCGAGGCAGAAGAUAGAAGCAAAUGGCAUUCUAGCCACACAGCUAUGCUCGCACACAAACGAUGCAAACGCCAUAAACGAGUCGAAAUUAGAAAACUUGUCGGGAGAAAAGUUUGUAUUUAAAGCAGAAGACAGUGAUCCUACCAUGACCAAGCAACUGAACAAUCAACUUCAGGUUCCCGGGGAGCUGGUACUGAAGAUUGGAGCUCAAGUGAUGUUGCUGCGUAAUAUCAAUGUCUCUGCGGGUCUUGUGAACGGAGCGAGGGGUAUAGUCAGUAAGUUCAAAGAUGGAGUCCCCAUAGUCAAGUUCAAGAACAACCACGAGUAUUUCUGCAAGCAUGAGAAGUUCAUGGUGCGAACGGCGGCGGGAGCAUUGGUUGUUCGCAAACAAAUUCCUCUGAAGCUAGCCUGGGCGUUUUCGAUUCAUAAGUCGCAAGGACUCACAUUGGACUGUGUCGAAAUGUCUCUUUCGAAGGUUUUCGAAGCCGGGCAAGCGUACGUAGCGCUAAGUCGAGCCAAGAGUUUGGACAGUAUUCGUGUUUUAGAUUUCGAUAAGAAGCAAGUCUGGGCCAACGCGGAGGUUCUUAGGUUUUACAAACUAUUCAGGCGAAGGAUACACGACAUGACGAUGAUUCCAUUGGGUGAGAAGAACGGCAGGGGUAACGGAAAGUCGGGGACGAGUAGAGAUGGCAAGCUGGCAAAGCUGAAGAAGAGUUUAAUGGAGAAGCCGUUGGUGACGAUUUGCUGACGAGAAUCUGUUCUUAAGCGAUUUAAUUUAGUUAGUAAAUUUAUUUUAAACAUCAAUGUAAUGACCAUGUGAUGCGAUAUAGGUUUAAUUUACUUCCGCCGAAAUAUAGGAAAAUAUAUUUUUCUUAAGAUUGAAGAUUACGUAGUUUUACAAAUAAAGAUUUUCAUAUUAAAAUAA